AUGUGUCUCGUGCCCGAAACUUGCACCCUGGAGGCCUUUUUAAGGCGAGGUCUCGAGAUGAAGGCCUGGAUGGAGGCCCAACCACGGGUUCCCAUGUGGGUCAGUCAGGAACAUUAUACGCUUCGUGGUUUCUUGAGAAACAAAGACUGGACCGUCAAAAUAGAGUCUAAAGGCUUACCAAGCGAUUGUGUGCGCGAGGCCCUCGAUCUCGGGCUGCCUUAUAACCCUAAGGCUAAGGAUGAUAGCCACGACAGCAGCUAUAAGCAGAUCGUAGCCACGCUUCGCAAGAGAGGAGCGCCCGACGAGAUUCACGAAUUCGCUGGCCGGGUCGCCAAGCGUGUCUUGUUUGUUCUCAAGAUGGAACGGUCGGCUUCUGCUACUCCAUACAUGUCAGAUCUCAUGCGGGCUGCUUAUAUGCAUCGCCACCCCAUUGAAAGCCUCAAGCACAUCUUCUUUCUCCGCGUUACCAACAAGGAGGUGCGUAAUUUCAUCGUUCAAUAUCUCUACACGGAAGAACGUGGACUGUCUGUGCCCGAUUACAUUUCUCGUGUGUGGGAAUAUGGCACUUCUGAAUACCUAGGAUUGCUAGGCACUCGUGUUGGUCGCUUGGUCGGGUACUUUGUUAUGGGAUCGUUUCCCUAUGGGACUCAUCGAAUUGCAAGAGUUGUCACCUACACGACACUAUUUGGCUUUGUUAACAUGCGCUUUGAUAUCGAACUUGUUCCUACAGAGCUUGCUCCAAGUGGACCAUCAAGCUACUCCUUAUACAGUCCAUUCCUUCAAAACGAAUACGUUCAUUUUUCUUCAGCAUGA